GUACUAUAAGUUGAAAUAAAGAUGGCUCGAGAAUCUGGUAGAAUAAAAGAUGCGAUUCAGAAGAGAAUCCUCGACGACGCUGCGCGUAAGCGCAGACAGAAGAAAGCCUUGGAAGCCUUAGAGCAAGAUAACUUUCACGAUGAUCCACACGCUGACUUAGUUAUGAGCAAGAAAGCGCCAAAAUUUCAAGAAACACUAGACAGCAGAGGUGUUAGAAAAAAGAAAACACGCUCUGCUGAAUAUUACAAACAACGCUUUCGUAAGACUUUCGCUCAACUUGUUGAGGAGGAUCUGAAUAUAAAUCCCAAUCCACCCAAUUAUGUUUGUGCUCAAGUACCACCAUCUCGCUUCCCAGAGAGACAUUUCUGUGCAGUAUGCGGUUUUCUUAGCAAUUAUACAUGUAUACCCUGUGGUGCUAGAUAUUGCUGCACAAAGUGCCUAGGUACUCAUCUCGAUACUAGGUGUAUGAAAUGGACAGUUUAAAGAAUUUUGGCUAUAUUAAUAAAUUGAAAGUGCGUACACGUUAUUUUGACAAUAAAGUAUAAGAGAAAGUUUUGAUAUUAAAAAAUAAAUAUAAAUUUUUAUUUAAGUUUCAAA